CACGCUUACAGGGAAGAGAUGUUGAAGGCUCAAGAGAGCCAGGAGAAAAUGGGGAAGAACAUGCAGAAGAAGAAGAGAUGCAUACAGAUCUCCAGAGUCAAAAUCCAGAAGAGGAGGGUGUCCAGGUUGUUGACAACGUUGAUGAUUCUAUGUACUUUUCUGAUGAUGCCAGAAAUGACUCUGCAGUUAAUGGACAGGAAAGAAGAUUUGGUGACAUUGAUUUUCAACAUGUCCCAGAAACAGCAGAGCCUAUUUCAGUGGAGAGCGAAGCGCCAAAGGUUUCAAAGGACUGUGAUUCCGCUGCGGGAGAAAUCAGAGAUACAGUUAGACGACGAAGUCCAAGACCAGUUCGGAAAAGGGUCAGACCAAAACGUUACGAGGACUAGGGCUGAAAAGACCUUAGGGAAUUCUACUUUUUUAGCAUUGAAGGUUACUGAAGGUAUAAAUAUGUCACAGUUACUAACGUUGGCGCCUCAAAUGAUUGCGACAACAUCAACCCCUUUGCAGACAGUAGUCAGAACUAAGUUAGGAAGAGCGGUUUCUCUCCCCUGUAGAUGUGGAAGAUUUAAUGUGGGUGGUAAUAAUCCUCCUAUGUGGAAAAAUAGUCGUGGUGAAGAUGUGCUGUUAACAGGACCUGAAGUUGAUAUGGUGCCUCGUGAUCAGAGGAAGUAUCUGUUGUUUAAUGACUGGAGGUGGUUAAAAGUUAGAGAUGAUUGUUCACUUUUAGUGCGUAAUGUAACAUGGGAAGAUCAAGGGGAAUACACAUGUACUUAUUUUGAGCCAGAGUUGAAAUUUGUUCCAUUUCAAAAUGUGUGGAGAGAGGGUUAUAUAACACGUAAGGUAGUGGUUGUGAUAGAAGAUUUGAGUUCUUCUGGAAUUUUCAGGGUGGCUACAAGAGUCACCACAGCAACCACUCCAAGAGUGAAUAUUACAUUGAGGAAGCUUACUACUUUAGCUCCGGAAACAACUAAGAAUGUUAAUACAUCAAUUCAGGCUGUUACUUUAGCUACGAUUUUGAAGGGGAUGAAUGCUACUACAGGGAAGGCGACAAUUUCUUCUUUUGUUACUGGGGGAAAUAUUACAAGUGAGGUUGGGCUAAGGGCAACCUAUGCUAAUAAAACAGUGACAACAUCUCUGUCACCUAGGAAAGUUGUAAAUAUAACACAGACACCUGGUAUGACAUUAUUGAAUUUUAAAGAAAGAGUAAAUAUAACUCAGAAACCUAUGCUAAAAAUAGAGCUUAGUGUAAAUAGUAGUAAGGAGAUUUUGGAACCUAGAAAACAGAAGGAGGAACAGCAUGAUGCAGAUUCAUCUGUGACAGCUCAGAGGACUAUUUUAGGACACCAGAGGACAUGACUAACCAGUAUCGUGUAUUACAGAAGAGAGAAACUAAGUGGAAGGCAUAUGGAUUUGAUUCUUCGGUGUUACAAAUCGCAGACCCAUGGGCAGGUAGGAACUUAUGGUUCCAGCAGUUAACUCAUUCUGUAAGAUCGGUUAAGAAGCUGAAUUGUCCAUGUGUGGUGAAAGUUCCAACACCAGGCACAUGGCCUUCAAUUUUAGAGACGGUACCAGAACCAUUAAGUGCUAAAUGUCAAUCAUAUGCAUUAUCGUGGCUGUUAUAUCAGCAGCAAGCAGCAGAAGAUAAGGUGAUGGCCCUGUCAGUGCAUCUGUUUAGACCUAAACAUAAUUGUUCUUGGUUGGGAGAGUUACCAUAUGUGAAUUUACUUGAUCAGCAUGAAAAUAUGAUAACAGCAGUCCCUGAUCCGUUGGAAGUGAAAUUUGUGGGGGCUAAAGACUGUUUUUGUUCAGAUGGUACUCAUAAGGGGCCUGGAAAGUUUAUGGGGAUAUCAGACUGUAACAACUAUAUUAUGGACUUGGGUGAGCGUAAAUAUGAGGCUAUGAAUGACUUGUAUAAAGUGACUUUUCAGGUACCACAUCGCAAACUGAGUAGAAUUUUGAUGGUGCGGAACCAACAGUUGCCGGGAAAUGUAACUAUAGGGAAUUUUAAGGAUAUUUGGUGGGUUUGUGGUGAUAAGGCAUAUAUAUUCCUACCGUAUGGGUGGAUAGGAUGCUGUUAUAUGGCGAUGUUGAAGCUGCCAUAUGAGGUUUUUACUGUCCAGAAGGGAAAAGUUUCUGAUGAGGUUCAAUCUGAGGCUAUUUCAGGAAGUAGGAAGAAAAGGGAACUAGCACAAUUUCAUAAUCUGGAGUCCUAUCAUUGGAGGAUAAGCCUAGGAGAGAAGUGGGGUAUAGGAUUAUUUCCAUGGUAUGGGGUGACAUUUUUGGCAGAUCACAUUGAUAAUAUUACCUACACCCUACAGGGUUUUGCAAAUGAGACUAUAAGAGGUUUUGAAUACUUGUCAAAUACUCAAAAGAGUCACAGACUGACAUUGCUGAAACAUGACAUGGCUCUUGAUUAUCUUUUGGCCAAACAAGGGGGCCUAUGUGUGGCUCUAAACUUAACUGGUGAUGCUUGUUAUACUUUGAUUCCUGAUAGUUCUGACAAUAUGACUAGUGUCAUAGAUGCAUUGAAGCAUAUAAGGGAUGCGUUUGGCCCAUCGGAAGGAGCUGGAUGGUCGGCGAAUGCUUGGUUGCAGGAAAAAUUAGGACCAUUGGGAGCAGUGUUGGUUCAGAUUAUGGUAGCAGUUCUUAUAUCCUUGAGUGUGAUGUUCUGUUGCUGUACAUUGGUGUUAACUUUUGCGAAGGCAAUGAUAUUGAGAUGGGUUGGAGUUGUGAUGCCUGGAGAUCAGGUUCAGAUGCCAUUAUUACAUAGGACUGACACAGACGAUGACGAAGAAGUGGUGAUAGAAGGUGAACUGAUGGAGAAAUGUCCAUUUUCAAUAUCUAUUCUUAUUAUAAUCUUAACAUUUAUUUCUUUUACUAUUUAGGGUAUUUAGUAGUCUCUUACUAUAGAGUGGGAUGAUAGCAGAGGGAAAUGAAAAAGGGGAUUUAUAACUGAGAAUAAUGUGAAAGUAUGAUACUGUGAAUUUCACAUUUACUUAUAAGGUGUUAACCCAUAUGUGAUGUUUCAAUUUGCAUCUGUUGUUUUUGCAAAAGAUACUGGUUGGUGGUUUUCUUUCUUUUCUUCAAGAACAAUGCUGGGGGAAGACCACUGCAAGAGUGGCUGGAUCUUUGGGGACCCUGAUGUUCAUGGACAAUAAGAUUGGACUGAAGGACUUUAAAUAAGGACACUGUGAUACAAUGCCCAGAGUCAACACAUCAUCGACACUACACUGAGAGUCGA